ACAGACUGAUCGAUGGAUUGGGCCUUUAUGAAAGCUCAAGCAGUGUUUCAUUGACACUGCAGUUGUACUUUGCUUUCGACUCGUCGUGGCCACAUCAGCUCUGAAAAUGCACCGCUUUUUACUCAGCGUCCUUUGCGGUGCUUUUUUCUUUAGUAUGAUCUUGUGCGACAAUGAGACGGAGGAGGACGAACACACCAAGCACACUUACACGGUGGACAUGUUUAAUAACGCUAUUCCGACUGCUCCACACUUCGUGAUGUUCUUCGCUCCGUGGUGUGGUCAUUGUCAAAGACUGCAGGGGACCUGGAACGAGAUGGCAGAUAAAUACAACAACAUGGAGUCUCCCCCUGUCUAUGUGGUUAAAGUAGACUGCACAAAGGACACAAAGUUUUGCUCCAGCAACCAUGGGAUUCGGGGAUAUCCUACUUUGAAGCUAUUUAAACCUGAGCAGGAGGCAGUGAAGUAUCAGGGACCCAGAGACCUACAUUCACUAGAGACCUGGAUGCUAAAAACUCUUCAGGAGGAGCCAGAGGUUCCACAAAGUGAGCCUGAAGCACCCAAGGUACCAGAACCUUUACAGGGCAUGUAUGAGCUUACUGCCUCAAACUUCAAAGCGCAUGUCUCCAAAGGUUCUCAUUUUGUGAAGUUCUUUGCACCAUGGUGUGGUCAUUGCAAAGCUAUGGCCCCCACAUGGGAGCAGCUUGCCACUAGCUUUGAACAUUCAGACUUGGUCAAGAUUGGCAAGUUAGACUGUACCCAGCAUUAUGAGAUCUGUUCAGAGAACCAGGUGCGAGGCUACCCCACCUUGCUCUUCUUUAAAGAUGGAGAAAAGGUAGAUCAGUAUCGGGGAAAACGCGAUCUGGAGUCCUUUAAAGAAUUUGUGGAUAAUCAGUUAGCAGCUGCUUCUUUAAAAGAACAAGCUGAUGAUGAUGCAAAAGACAAUGAAAUACCCCAGAACACAGAGUCUGUUAAAGAUGAGUCCAGUGUUAAAAUCCUUACUGAAAGCAACUUUGACGAGUCUAUUGCUAAAGGGAUUUCCUUCAUCAAGUUUUAUGCUCCAUGGUGUGGCCACUGCAAAAACCUGGCUCCUGUGUGGGAGGACCUAUCUAAGAAGGACUUUCCUGGCCUAACUGAUGUCAAGGUUGCUAAAGUGGACUGCACUGUAGAGAGAACGCUCUGCAACAGAUUUUCAGUGAACGGAUACCCGACGCUUCUGAUUUUCCGAGCUGGGCAGCAGGUUGAAGAGUAUAACAGUGGACGGGACUUGGAGAGCUUGCACAGCUUUGUCAUGAAACAAGCCAGAGAUGAACUGUAGCACUACCUCAUUACUUACACAUCUUCUGUUUUUUUCUCUCAGCUAGGCAGCACUUAUUUCUAUAAAUGAAAACAUCCUCCUGCAGAAAUUUACAAGAGCCAUUCUUCAGCUUUUCUGCCUAUUUUUUUAUGAGCAGUUACUAUAACGUUGUCAUUGACUGAAAUCCGAAUGUAACACUUUUACUUGGAGACCAACAGAUGGAAACGGUACUUCUGAUUGACGACCACUUUACCAGGAAGAGAAAUCCCCCCUCUUCUCCUUGCGUCUAUUCAACAUUUAUUAGGCACUAUAGUCUGGCUUAUUGGGUGGGCAAUACAGUUUGUUGUGACUGUAAGAAGAAUCUUGUAAUUUGCCUCUCAGGGAGAAAUUUUUGUUUUAAAUAUAAGGGGUUGUUCAUUCUGCCAUUUCUUUUGCCCUUUUCACCCCUAGUUUCUAGUAUAUGCUGAAUUGUGUUUAAUUCUUUACAAUUAAACUUGUGGUACAAUUAAACUUCACAUUUCA